AUGGUUGCCCUCUGUGAAAUGAUUUUCACACAAAAUCACAAGAUGCAACGAUUGUCUUCCGAAAGUAUCCUCAUUCAAAACGGAGUGGCAAAAAUAUCGACUUUUGAUUUAUUAACAACGUCGGCACACGCUAGUCCAACGACCAAGAAUCAAGAUGACACGGUAUAUAUUGAUAACACUUUAUGCGAUCAUAGGAAAAAUUCCAACAUAUUUAGUCUCGGGGUAAUACUCUGGGAGAUUUCUAGUGGAAAACUUCCAUACAGAGAACUUACUCAGAACCAUAAAUGCAUUUGUUCUGGAACACCUGAACUAUACGUCAGACUAUACUCAGCAUGUUGGGACAAAAUUCCUGAAAAGCGGCCAUCAUGCAAAGAAGUAUACGACCAACUAGCCUU